CAGCAGCAUCAGCAAAGCAGCAGCUCAUCACAGGGCCAAGGCCCCAUCCAUCGUGGAGUUACGUGUGACGGCUGCGAGGGUCCCGUGAUCGGCGUCCGUUACAAGUGUUGUGUGUGCGCCGACUAUGACUUGUGCUCCUGCUGUGAGGGCAAGGGGCUUCACUCCGAGCACGACAUGUACAAGAUAACCGUUCCGAGAGUCAACCCGAUGGAUUUCAUUCCUCCCCAUUUUGGCCGUUACCUGAACCGCUACAUGCAGGGUUACUGGAACGGUUCUCAGGCAGGUGCCAGCGCAAGUGCCAGUGCGAGCGCCUCUUCCUCCUCCGCGUCUGCUCAGGCCAGUGGCGGGACAGGAAGUGGAGACAAGGCCAAGGAGCAGGCGGGUUAUGACGAGUACCUCAAAGGUGUCGGAGCCAACAUUGCCGCUUUUCUGGAUCCUUUUGGUAUUGACGUGACUUACGAUGUCCACCAUGGCGAUGGAUCCCACGAGACCGGUGGGAACCGCAGAGGAAAUUGUCGUGGAGGUUUUGGCCGAUGUGGGGCGUGGGGGUCAAACAUGCGCCGCAGAGCGGAGACCGCCGCAAAGACGCCUGGGGCAGAGCAAGCGACUGGCAAAGGAGAGACGAUGGAGACUGACAGUGCUGAGAAGACACAAGACCAAGGUGCACAGAGCCAGACUGCUCCACAGGAUGUUCCCAUGGAUGAAAGCAACAAGCCAAGCGCAUCAAACAACUACGGUGGCGUUUCGGAUGACUGGACAUUUGUGCCGGAGGAUGGGACUGAGGUCCUCAUCCCCACCCAGGCCCCUAUCCCCAUGCCAGGUCCCACGGCCAUACCCAUGCCUGCCCCCGCACCUGCUCCCACUCCUGCCCCUGCCCCCACUCCUGCCCCUGCCCCUGCCCAUGCCCCCACUCCUGCCCCUGCCCCUGCCCCCACCACCCCUACCUCUGCCCCCACCAUGACUGCUCCAGGCACUGAGACUCCCACUCCCGCUCCGCGUGUAGCAGCCCCAACAGCCUCUGCCACAGCCCCUGCCCCUGCCCAACCCGGCAACCAGACCAACAUUUACCCCAACCUGCGAAUCCAACAGAGCCUGGAUCAGAUGUUGUCCAUGGGCUUCACCAACACGGACAACUGGCUGGCCGACCUCCUCACAGAGCACAACGGCAACAUCGGGGCCGUCCUGGACGACAUCAAAGACAAGGCCACCCAGCAGCUCAACAACCUGCGUGGCACCCGCUAAGUAUGACCGAAAGAAGAAACUCGCUCUACGUAGAGAAGAAAAGUUUGAAUUGUACUCUGCAUUUUCUGUGUGUUAAUGAAUUAUAAUCUCUUUGGAAAGAUAUUUGUUGUGCUGGUCCAACUGUGAUCAUCGUUGUACUUUGUGAGCUACGAUUUUCUUAAACAUAAUUUUUUUUGUUAUUGGUGUUGUUUUUGGUCUUGUACAGCCAGGUUUGCCUUGAAAAAGUGUUUUCUUCAAAGAGAAUUUUUGUUUCUUGGUUUAGGGUUUUUUUUGUCAUGCACAGCCGGCUGUCGGGAGGAGCAAAAGUUUAAGUCUUUAAAUGUGUUUUAAAAAAUUUCUGUGAGAUCGACCAAAAUUACUUUGUUCAUUUUUCAAGAAAGGCACAAUCUAGUUUUAAUAUUUUAUUUUACUUGUUGCUUUUAAACAGUAUAGCUUUGCUUUCCAAAGCUUUUGUCAAUAUAACAAAAUACAUUUCUGAUGUAACUAUGAGCAUGAGAAGUUAUGCUUGCAUAAGCAUUGGGAGUGCGACUUGCAUUUUGUGCUGCACUGAUUUUAUCUUGUAUGUUGUUUAAUCUUUAAUUUAGAGUGUCUAUGGAUGGUUUGUUCACACUGUAGUGGCAAAAUAACACAAUGCUAAUGUUGAUAUACUUUAUCCGGUGUACUCAAGAUUUUGUGUUACUAAAUUCUGAUAUGGCAAUACACAUGUUUUAUACUUUCCCUAUUUCAGGAAUAUUUUUGAUAAAACUCUAUGAUAAUUAUGAAACCCUGUUAAGAAUGAAACUCUUUGCUUUCAGGAAAGAGAAGAUGUUUUGUCAGUUAAAGCAAGGCUUGUCAAAGAAGUCAUCUUAUAAUAGAUCGUUGACUAUAAUUAAUGUAAAAGUCUUAAAUGAGGAUUGAAUCAUUGGUUUUUUUUUCUUGUUGUUGUGACCUUUCAACUUGCCCUGGUGGUUUGCUCUUGUAGAUUGUUGCAUUCUUCUCCAGCCUUUUUUUUUACCCUACCAAAUUUUUUGACAACCACAACCCAAUACUAAAGUUAAAGUUCUUUAUCUUAAAGCUUUGGAAUUUUUAUGUAAUGAACAUUUCCACUAAUCCACAUUUUUCUGCCAGCACUUUGCUUUGAGUGUAUUUCUUUAUCUAUUUACAUCUCAGGCUACAUUUUUGCAUUGUUUUUAAACUAUGAAUAAUUCGGGGACAUGUCCGGUUGCAAAAAUGCUUCACACAAAAUUGAUUAAUUUUGAUUUUAAAAUCUCAUUGUAAACUGAUCACAGGUACCAUUUUUUUUUUUCCUCUUCAAUUUCUGUAAAACAGUAAAUGAUUAUCUUUUGGUGUUUCUCGUUUAAGUCAAUCUCCAGACUGGUACAUGCUCUUGCACACAAAUAAUUUAACGGACAUGUACACAAAUAACCUGAUACUCAUACAAGUCCACACAUGCGAGCACUUACAGAUAUAUGUACUCAUGCUCUUUCACAUAUGCUAACAAACAAACAAACAAACAAGUGCAAUUGUACCCAAACGCUCACAAACGCAUGCGUGCAUGCACAAGGUCUCCCACUCCACACACACAAGAUUGGACCAAAGCAGUGGGAGACAUAACAGUCACUUCUGUGUCUUUGUCACUGAUUAAUGAAAUGUGCUGUUGUUAUUUCAGUCGAAAUAAAUAGAUAUUAUAUAUAUAAACUUA